GUUCUAAAAUCUAAAAGUAUAAAUCAUUCGUAUUGAAUGUACCUCAUUAUAGGUACCAGACAGAGUUGUUAUUAACUGCCAGUCAGCAUUAUGGCCAAUAGAAAAAGGAACGUGAAUUACAUCAAACCAGAGGAUCCAGAGUUCCUAAAAGUUAUAAAGAGACAAGCUGGAUACGAUGACAGAAAUCGGAAAUUCGACCCGCUUGAGAACGCCGAGGAAGAUUUCGUAGAUGAUACAGAAAGCGAAGAGCCGCAAGUCGUUGUUUUGAAACCGGGAGACCUCACUGCAGAGGAGGCAGAGGUGGAGAGGAAACGGUUAGAGAAAGAAGCGGAAGAAACUAAAGCAGACCUCAGUCAACGGGUUAUUUUUAAACCCAAGUCAAAGAAAGCUGAAAAUGACAAAAUAGGAAAAGAACCAAGCAAGAACUCCAAUCAAAAAAAGCAAAGUCAAUUGCUGUCAUUUAAUGAUGAUGAAGAGGAAGAUGAUGAAAGUAGUUAACAGCAUGUAUUA